GAUCCAAAACAUCUAUCUAUAGGAGCAAGAAAAGGAGAAAGAUGUUUAACUCAGUGAACCUAGGAAACUUCUGCUCCCAGUCGCGCAAAGAGCGGAGUGCUGACUUUGGAGAGAGAGCAGGUUGCGCUUCCAAUCUCUACCUCCCCAGCUGCACCUAUUACGUCCCAGAAUUUUCAACUGUGUCAUCUUUCUUGCCACAGGCCCCCUCUCGCCAAAUCUCCUACCCUUAUUCCACUAACCUCUCUCAAGUGCAGCCAGUGCGAGAGGUUUCCUACGGGCUAGACCCCUCGAAUAAAUGGCACCAUAGAAGCAAUUACGCCUCGUGUUAUUCCGCGGAAGAUCUGAUGCACAGGGAUUGCCUCCCGCCUUCCACCAUGACCGAAAUGCUAAUGAAAAACGAAAGCGUGUACAGCCACCACCACCACCCCAGCUCCAACCACCCGGCGUCCACGGGCUUCUACUCCAGCAUGAACAAAAACAGUGUCCUCCCGCAAGGCUUCGACCGGUUCUUCGAAAACGCCUACUGCUCCACCGAGAACCCGCCCGAGACCUGUUUGCAGAAGACCGAGAGCAAGCUGGAGACCGACUCCCAGCCCACCGCGCUGUCAUCCCGCGGCGACCAAGGCGUAGACCCGGAAGACGAGGAAGAAAACACCAACCCGGGCUCUUCAGCUUCAUCCUCCUCUGUCAACAAGGAAGGGAGCAAAACCAGCAACUCGAGUGCCCCCCGCACAAGAAAGAAGCGAUGUCCCUAUUCGAAAUUCCAAAUCAGAGAGCUAGAGAGAGAAUUUUUCUUCAAUGUCUACAUAAACAAAGAAAAAAGGCUGCAGCUGUCCAGAAUGUUGAAUCUCACUGAUCGACAAGUUAAAAUUUGGUUUCAGAACAGAAGGAUGAAAGAAAAAAAACUAAGCAGAGACCGCCUGCAGUAUUUCUCUGGAAAUCCCUUAUUGUGAACCUCUUUUGUAUAUUAUAUAUACAUAUCUAUAUAUAUAUAUAAAUAAAAAAAUAAAAAAUA